AGAGUGCGUUUUGCACAUCCUUCACACAGUUUACAGGAAGUCUUUGGACGUGCCUACACUCUCCUCUACAUUUGACAGAUCCACCAUGACUCUCACCGGGGUGAUUCUUGGUUUUGUUAAAGUUUUGUGUCUCAUCCGGUGGGCGGACUCAGGUCAAGUGUCAGCUCCCACGGCCGUCUAUGGAGCACAGGGUGGAUCAGUGACGGUCCGCUGUUACUACGACAGUCGGCUGAGAGGGCAGGAAAAGUACUGGUGCAAAGAACUCAUGUUUUUUUGGUGUACAACGACAAAGCCUGGUUACAGUUUCAUCAAAGAUAAUGAAGAGGCCGGCGUUUUCACUGUAACUAUGACAUCACUCAGAGAGAGUGAUGCUGGUGUGUACAGGUGUGGCGUUGGCAGCCCAGAAAGGUUCAAUCGUUUUUACAGUGUCGUAAAUCUCUUCAUCAACCCAACAGUAGCCCCUACUUCUAUUUCACAAGUGGAACAUAUUGGAAGGUGGUGGUUGACUCUACGCUGGGUUCUCUUUGCAGUCAUGUUGUGCUGUUUGGUAUCAGUGCAUCUUUUUGUGUGGUGGAAGAAACAUGUUAGAAAAAUGUUCUGAAAUAUCAUGUGAUGUUGACAAAAAUUGUACAAGAAUAAAAUAAGGCAUGCAUUUUUGUCACAUUUGAAUCCUGUCUAGGAUCACAAAUACAAAUCCAUUAAAUGUUGUGCAGCAGA